GGCUUGGUCACGCUCGAAGGAUUUGAUGCUCUACCAGAAAGGCGGCACCGACCACGAGCCGUGCCAGCACUCCUCGGGCUGCGGCCACAAGGGCUGGACAUGGCCCAGCUCCACCGGGCACUGCCACGACCCCGCCAACAUCUGCCACAACCCCGGCAGCCUCAGCCACGACAUCGAGGGCUCCUGCCAGAGCCCGCCCCAGGGCCAGCUCUGCCCGCCCCAGCCCGGCUCCUGCCCAGCCCCGCAGAGCUGCAAGCCCCGGCGGAGGGUGGAGGUGAGCCCGGUGCCCCCCGUGUGCCCCCCGCCCGUGAAAAUCCACCGGCGGCCGCUGGAGCAGCACCGGCCUCUCCCGCCCUGCCCGGAGCCCGAAUCCUGCGGGAAGCAGCCCCGCAGGAGAGUGGAGCAGUGCCCGGAGCAGGAUGAGGAGCCGCCGGUGGUGCUGCAGCCUCUGCCGCCGCAGCAUCGCUGUCCCUGCAGCCAGCGCUGCCCGCGGGCCGUGCCCCGCUGCUGCCCGCCCGCUGUCCCGCUGCCACCACACCCCUGCCGCCAGCACCAGCACCAGCAGAAAGUCACCCUGGUGCCGCUCUGCGUGAAGAACUGAACCCCUGAGACCCCUCCCCGGCUCGCGGAGGAUUCGCCCCCCGGCUCAAAGGAUGCUCCCACCUCCGCCCUGCGCUCCUCGCUGCUCCUUGCACAUCAAAUUUGGGGUCGGGCCAUCCCCGGCUUGGCCCUGGCACCGACACUUUAGGAAUUUAAACCUGCAGGGUUUUGCUUUUCCCUGGGGAGCAGCAGAUUGGUGUUUCCCAUCCGGAGGGGCGCUCGGAUUUCCGCGGAUUUCCUUUCUCACCGAGCUCUGGUUUCGAGGGUGUUUGAAAGCAGCCCCGGGACUUUAGGAGGAAAAAAGGAACCGCUGUGACGGCAGGAGCAUCGCGGACUCCUGCGAUUUUAUCUCCCCACCGGGUAUUCAAGA